AGCCGAGAAAGCCAACAAGGCUCUACAAAGGCGGUGUUUUUUUUUAAAUGUACGGAAUUUUUCAUACGCCGGAGUGCUGGGACCGACGGUAUUGUUGUGUUCGGCUCACGUAUCUUUCAAAGGAGUAUUUCACGUAUUCUUUUUAAUGGAUUUAAAAAUUCUUUGGUUGAUAAUAAAAGUUGAAACAUAAACUAGAUGAUAACCUUGAAGUAUUUUAUUGUCAGUUUUAUUUACACUUGUUUCCACGCCUUAUUAAAAUCGCAGUGAGGAGACAGCUUGCUAGCAAUGGCUAGAUCCGCAGAAGCUAUUGUUAUCGUCUUGGAUGUCGGUCAAAGUGUUGGAAGAGAAAUUUCGUUGAAUGGUGAAACAUUCCUACACAACGCCCAGCUAUGUGCUACGAAGAUUAUUCAAAAGAAGAUUUUCACACGAUCAAAGGACGAAAUCGGUCUUAUCCUGUUGGGUUCCGAAGACACCAAUAAUCCUCUGGCAAAUGAUGAAAAUUAUAACAAUAUUGAGAUUCGUCAUCAGCUUCAGUGUGCCAAUUGGAGGAUGGUGCAAACUAUCAGCAGCUUCAAAAAGGGCACAUCCGUUGACGGCGACUGGUUGGAUGCCCUAAUAGUUGCUGCUGACUUUAUGAGGACUGCAUCAGAAGGAAAAAAAUUUAAAGAAAGGAAGAUAGUUAUUCUUACCAACUUCAAGUCUGAUGUUAGUGAUGAUGAGGUAAAUUUUGUGAUUGAAGCCCUUCAAACUGAAAAGAUUCAAGUAAUUGUCAUUGGCCCUCAAGUGUACAAAAGUCAGACCCAAGAGAUGGAACUGGAUGGAGACCUUAAAAGCCAAGAUCAAAAACAAGGGGAAGCUCUUAUGGCUAAGAUAAUAGAUUCUGUUGAGGGCAGUGUGUUAUGCAGCUUCGAAGAUGCCAUGUACUCACUCAUGUACUUUGGGACCAAAAAAGUUAGACCUACACCCUGGUCUACCACCAUGGAGAUUGGAUCCAAGGUUAAAAUCCCUAUAACAGCAUACAAAAAGAUAUCAGAGGUACAGAGAUUAACUGCAAAUGAUGUUGUUAUACCCUCCAAGCUGAAGACAAUGUCUACACUCUCAAGCCAAGACUCAGUUUCUCAGGAUCCUGAUGCAAAAUCGGCGGAACUAGUUAACGCAGUGUCUCAAAAUGAGACAGUUUCUCAGGUUGACUUGGAUCCUGAUGCAAAAUCGCCAGAACUAAUUAAUGCAGCACUUGAAGAUGAAGAUGACUUUGGUGACUCCAAAAAUCUGGAAUAUGUUGCAAAGGACCGUAUUUAUACAACUAUUGGAGAUGAAGCAACCCCUGUUGAUAUCAACGAAUUGAUUGAGGGCUAUAUGUUUGGAGAAACAUUAGUACCUGUUACAGAGGAUGACAAACCAGAACUAGUAUAUGAGUCUGGGCCCAAAUGUCUGAGUGUUUUGGGCUUCACAGACAAAGGUAAUGUGCCUCUGUAUUAUUUCAAAGGUGAAUGCCAUCAAAUUUUUCCUCAGAAGGAAGAGAACUCAAUGAGAGCCUUUGCAGCCUUAAUUCAGGCCAUGCAUUCAAAGGACAUGGUUGCAAUUGUUCGAAAAGUUUACAGAAUGAAUAGUGCGCCUUUAAUAGGUGCAUUAUUUCCCAUGAUAACUCCAGAGCUUCAAUGCUUCAUUUUAGUUGAAUUGCCUUUCUCUGAAAGUGUGAAAACACUCUUAUUCCCCCCACUGGUCAUUGAUAAGAACAAACCGACAGAGAAGCAACUAAAUGCUGUUGAUCAGCUGAUCCUGUCCAUGAACUUAAUGGAACUAGAUGAUGAUAAUGAAACAGGAGAAGGAGCAUAUGAUCCUCACAACACACCUGAUCCAUAUGAACAACACUUUCACAGCCUUGUUGCCAAAAAAGUAUUAAAUGGAGAACUGUACAUUAGUGGAAGUGACAUUGAUGAGGCUGUGAUACGUUUGCUCACCCCAAAAGAAGAAAUGCUUAAUAAAGCAAAGCCAGCAGUUGAGAAAAUUAAAGAACUGUUCACCCUUACAAAAAUAACACCAAAGGAAGGUGCUCGAAAUGCAGCUGCCGAUAUAUUCAAACCAGACACAAAACCACUGGAUAUUGUUGAUGUCAAAGUACCUUUGGCAAGUAUGGAUUCAAAACCUACACCUCCUCAUAUUGGAACCGUUCGUCCUGAUAAAGAUUUUAUUUCCCUACUUAACCAAGGAGUGUCCCUGAAUGAAGCAUGCAGUCUUUUGGAUCAAGUAAUAAGAGACAUGGUGCAUAAAGCAUUUGAUGCUGAUGACUUUAAAAAGCCAUUGAAAUGUCUUCUACUUAUGAGGAAAAAGUGUGUGGACUCUGAUCCUACUGUUUACAAUGACAAGAUUACAAUAUUCAAGAAAGAUCUCCCAGCUGAAAAAGUUGGGUUUUGGCAGUUAAUUGUUAACGAGGAAGCAGGUCUUAUUACAACAUCUGAAUCCCAUCUCAGCACCAUCCAUAUAGAAGAAGCACAAAAGUUUUUGCAGGUAAAUGAUGUUAAUGAUGUGAUGUUGCCUACCCAGGAUGUUGAUGAAGAUAUAGAUGAUUUGAUAAAUCAAAUGUGAAUGCUGCAAGGCUCUCUAUCCAGGCUCUAUCAAUUGGAAAUAUGAAUGGUACUUUCAAAAGCAUGCUUGCACAUUGUAUUUUUUUAUUCUUUGUAAAUAAACAUCAUAAUAAUC